UGAAUUUAAGUCUUUAAUGUUUGCCAGAGCGUCCUAACAUUACAGUCGUUAGCCUGACCGACUUUAACAAACGAACAUGGAGGUUACUCUUUUGUAUUCUCUGUCGCAUUGGGAUAGCACAAGUAUAAUAUUAUGAAUACGUUUUUACCCCUUUAAAUAAUGACACGAUGCAUAUGGUUUAUUGUCAUAUUGAAUAAUGUUGAUUUUGCUGUGGUGACGCCUCGAUCUUGUGUCAGCAGUGACCUAGAAAUUAAAGUACAGUGCUGUAGAAUAAGGAAGGACUAGUUAUUUGCCACGACUCGAGAUCUGAGUCAAAGUAUGGAAGGCCAUCGGGAUCAAAGCGCUAUUUAGAACACGUUCUCAUUUGACUAGUACUUGUUGUAAUUCUAAUUACUACGCGUACUAAUUUGGCCAAUCAGAUCGAUGAAAAUGAAAUGAGAACCAAUGAAUUUAAAGAAAAUAGUACGUGUGAUAAUUCCACUCCAAUUCGUGGCGGUAAUAUGGAUUUGGCAUUGGGUAGAAGUGUAGUGAUAUACGCCCGGAACCUGAGACCUCAGAGCCUUAGAAAUCGCUUUAAUUCAGUGGUAACCCCACUAACUAAUAUGUCAUUUUAAAUGUAUUAUUAAUAGCGUUUUAAUUCAAUUAUACCAAAUCACGUUUUUAUUUAUAAUGAAGGGAAAAUGCAUGUUUUCAUUAUAAGCAUUUGGGCGACACAGUGUAUGUUCCCUUCAUUGUAAAUAAAAUAAAAAAAGCGAUUUGGUAUAAUUUAAUUAAAACGCUAUUAAUAAUACAUUCAUCAUGGUUGUAGCAGCAGUUUUUAAAUAUUCUGUAAAUAUGUAGUCUAAUAGUUAAAGUAAUAAUGCUUAUGGGGCUGACGGGUCUUGUUUUCUAAGGUAUCGUCCCGGACAUUGUAUACAAACCAAUGGAAUACCUUGUGUAUGUUAUAUAUACAACAUAUGUAAUCAAAGAAAAUGGUAAUGUAGGUACACAAAAAACAUUAAUAAUUGAUAAAAAAAAAAAAAAAUCAAGCUGAAGAAACGUCCUGAUAUUUUUUUAAAAUCAAUUAUUCACAUCCGUUUAUAAGGUUUUACCGAUUUGAAUGUUGCGGGUUCAGCGGUACCUUCUUUGGGGUCCAGAGUCCUUGAGGCUGCUUGCCCUCUUGCGCGGAAGCCUUCCAGUUAGUUAGGCUAGUGCCAGGACAAGGCUUGUGGCUGCUUUGGCUCACUGCGACAGCUUGGGUAUACAUUUCCGUACUUGUAAUGGUUGACAUUUCGAGAUUGAAAGGGAACAUUAGGUUACAAAUUGUAUCCCUGGUUCCCUGAAAGAAAUGUCAACCAUUAAUUUUGCGAGGGCACCUUUAUUGCCAUUUCGGAAUCAAAUGGCGAAGGUUGAUGAUACUGUCUUGUUCCAAAAUGCAACAGACACGUGGUCACAAUGGGCCUGUUAAGCAGCUGCUCUAGAAAGAGUGCAAAGAAGAGUGACCAGAAUUAUCCCAGGUUUAAAAGGCAAGUCGUAUGCAGACAGGCUAAAAUAAUUGAAUCUGUUCAGUCUUGAACAAAGACGACUACACGGUGGUCUGAUUCAAGCAUUCAGAAUUCUAAAAGGUAUUGACAAUGUCGACCCAGGGGACUUUUUCAACCUGAAAAAAGAAACAAGGACCAGGGAUCACAAAUGGAGAUUAGAUAAAGGGGCAUUGAGAACAAAAAAUAGAGAAUUGUGAGGGUCUGGAACCAACUCCCCAGUAAUGUUGAAGCUGACACACUGGGAUACUUCAAGAAGCUGCUUGAUGAGAUUCUGGGAUCAAUAAGCUACCAACAACCAAACGAGCAAGAUGGGCCGAACGGCCUCCUCUGGAAGUGCCAAUGAAUGACCAUCAUGACGACUGUGGAAGAACUGGUGCGUCAGAUAGUUGAACAGCAAAUGGUAGAGGUCUCUUCAUCCCACGGGGGUAUCAACCAAGGGGCUACAAUAGGACAACACGUAAUGGAUAACACAGGACAACGAUUACAGAUUGUUCCUGCAGACAGUGGCAUGGCCUUAGCACAGCACAUACAGAUUGUCACAGACCAGCAAACAGGCCAGAAAAUUCAGAUUGUAACGGCUCUUGAUCAGGCGUCAGCGGGGAAGCAGUUUAUCCUGACCAAUUCUGGUUCUACACCGGGCAAGGUGAUCUUCGCCAGGCAGGACCACUCGCAGGGAAAAGUCAUCUUGGCCACGCCUGAUGGGACUGGUGUCAACCAGCUGCUUUUUACUUCAUCUGACAUGGCGACACAGCAGUUCCAGAUUGUGACAGAUUCAGGAUCAGCAGAGCUAUCCCCAUCAAAACCUAUAAUUGAAUAUUGUGUGGUGUGCGGAGACAAGGCAUCAGGGCGCCACUAUGGGGCAGUGAGCUGUGAAGGCUGCAAGGGGUUCUUCAAAAGAAGCAUCAGGAAGAACCUUGUGUACACCUGUAGAGGAACCAGGGACUGCGUCAUCAACAAACACCACCGCAACCGCUGCCAGUACUGCCGGCUACAGCGGUGUGUUGGCUUUGGGAUGAAACAGGACUCUGUUCAGUGUGAACGGAAGCCAGUUGAAGUUUCCCGAGAAAAAUCAAUAAACUGUGCAGCCUCCACGGAAAAGAUUUACAUCCGGAAGGAUCUGCGCAGUCCCCUGGCUGCCACUCCCACAUUUGUAACAGACAAGGAGACUUGCAGGUCUGCAGGUUUGCUGGAUCCAGGAAUGCUUUUGAACAUUCAGCAGCCUUUUCCAAAGAUUGAGAAUACAAUGACGAUGUCAUCACCUGAAAAGAGUGACUCUUACGAAGGUGAUUUAAGCACACUAGCGAAUGUGGUCACGUCACUUGCACACCUCAGCAAGUCAAAGGUUUCGAGCGACAGCAACGCAGACUUGUCAACAAUGGAGACCUUAAGUAAUGGAGAUAGUUCUAUGACUGAAAUUCAACAGGGAGAGCAAUCAACAAGUGAAAUCACAAGGGCCUUUGAUACACUUGCAAAAGCACUGGACCCAGCCGAGCAUCUGCCAGCUGAACCUGUGGAGUCCAACAUGCAGCUGGUGUCGGGAGAUCAGUCUGGAAGCAUUAUAGAAAUUGAAGGUCCUAUCCUAAGUGAUGUCCAUGUCGCUUUUAAGCUUACAAUGCCUUCACCCAUGCCUGAAUACCUUAACGUUCACUACAUCUGUGAAUCCGCAUCAAGACUGUUGUUCCUGUCUAUGCAUUGGGCACGCUCUAUUCCUGCUUUCCAAGCACUGGGGCAGGACAAUGAAAUAACUUUGGUGAAAGCAUGUUGGAAUGAACUCUUUGCAUUGGGCCUAGCACAGUGUUCACAAGUUAUGAAUGUGGGCACCAUUUUAACUGCCAUUAUAAAUCACCUCCAGAACAGUUUACAACAAGAUAAAUUAUCAGCAGAAAGGGUCAAACUUGUAAUGGAGCACAUCUGGAAGAUGCAAGAAUUCUGUAACAGCAUGGCUAAUCUGUGUCUGGAUUCUUACGAAUAUGCGUACUUGAAAGCCAUUGUUCUCUUUAGCCCUGAUCAUCCAGGCAUAGAUAAUACUCUUCAGAUUGAAAAGUUCCAAGAAAAGGCAUACAUGGAAUUACAAGAUUAUGUCACCAGAACCUACCCAGAAGAUACUUAUAGAUUAUCAAGGCUCCUUCUGAGGCUACCGGCAUUGAGACUGAUGAGUGCAGCCAUCACAGAAGAAUUAUUCUUUGCUGGCCUCAUAGGAAAUGUACAGAUUGACAGCAUCAUCCCCUAUAUUCUGAAAAUGGAGACCGCAGACUAUAACAGCCAGAUAGUUAGUUCUUCGCUUUAAUUAUAGCAAGUAGAUGAAAUAGGCUAACAGCAAAUUUAGCAUUUGUACAUAAAUGAAUUGUUUAAAAAUACAGUUAAAAACUGAACAAUUGUUGCAAUUGAAAUAAACCUGGCUUUUACCUA